AUGUUUGAAGACGCGCUUGCACGUGCGCGUGAGCAAGAUUCUUAUUACCAGAAACAUGGCAAGACUGUUGGUCCUCUCCAUGGCAUCGUGAUGACCCUCAAAGAUCAGUUCGACGUGAAAGGUUUUGACAGCACCCUUGGGUACUGCGGUCGAGCAUUCCAGCCAGCGCAGGAGAACGCGCUCCUGGUGGACAUACUCCAAGACCUUGGAGCGAUCUUCAUCGCAAAGACAAACCUGCCUCAAAGCAUCAUGUGGUGCGAGACAGAGAAUCCAUUGUGGGGUGUGACCACCAACCCCAUCAAUCCUGACCUGACCCCCGGAGGCUCCACUGGCGGCGAAUCUGCUCUUCUCUCUCAGAUGGGGUCUUUGGUAGGCUGGGGUACUGAUCUUGGGGGCAGUAUUCGCAUUCCAUCUCACAUGAUGGGGUUGUACGGUUUGAAACCAAGUCAUGGGCGCCUCCCCUACGAUCGGGUUAGCGUGAGCACGGAAGGACAGGGCCACGUUCCUUCAGUGGUUGGACCUUUGGCUCGAAGCCUUUCGUCCCUGAAGAACGUGACCCAAGCAGUCAUCGAGGCACAACCGUGGAACGCUGAUCCUCAGAUCGUUCCAAUUCCCUGGCGCUCAGAUAUGUUCGACGAGGUCCAACAAAGACCAUUGGUUAUUGGUUUACUUGUCGACGAUGGUACAGUCAGAGCCCAUCCUCCGAUCAUCCGAGUUCUGCACGAGGUAGUCAACAAGCUUCGUGCAGCCGGACACGAAAUAGUGCAAUGGAACUCAGACCAUCAUGCAGAAUGUAUAGAAAUCAUGGACCUUUACUACACUGCAGAUGGUGGCGAGGAUAUCCGGCGAGACGUAUCCGCCGCUGGCGAACCCUACAUACCACAUGUCGACAUGCUGAUGAAGAGAGGCUCGGCCAUAUCUGUAUACGAUUACUGGCAGCUCAACAGACGCAAGCUUGCCAUGCAAAAGGCGUGCCUUGCAAAGUGGAAAACCAUUAGAUCACCCACAACAGAUAGGAAAGUCGACAUCCUCAUAACGCCUACGAUGCCGCAUGUCUCGGUGCCUCACAGAUCGUGUAAAUGGGUUGGCUACACCAAGAUCUGGAAUUUCCUUGACAGUUCCGCGUUGGUGCUACCUGCCGGUCAAGUCGACAAGAGCAUAGACAAGCCCCUUGAGGAUCAAGAAGUACGCGCUUACGUCCCUCGCAACGAUAUGGAUAGGUGGAACUGGGCUUUGUACGAUCCAGUCAAGAUGCACGGACUGCCGGUCAGCGUACAAAUUGUCGGACAGCGUCUUGAGGAGGAAAAAGUACUUGGUGCGGCCCAUAGGUGA